AUGGCCUCCGGCAUAGUGAACGCAGUCUUCCUACAAGAUCAGAAGCUGCGCCAGCUGGCGGAGCUGAUCCGCCUCCAAGAGGUCCGCAACAUGUACCACAUAAACUUCGCGAGCCUUGGCGACCAGCUUGAGUACCUGCGCAUGGCCAAUGACAACAUGGCCUCCGUCAACACACUCCUUGACGAAUGCAACGCCGUGGUCGCCCAUCACGGGUCCCACCCGGUCCGUGGGCCCGUGGCCCGCCGGAUCCUAGCCUACGCGGAGCACUGCCUCAACAAUGCCCUCCAGCUUGUCCGAAACUACACCCUGCGCCGGAGCUACCUUGACAAGAUGCUCGACCACCACCACCAGCUGUUCGAGGCGCUCGACGGGCUGGAUGUCUCCACCCAGGCUGCAGCCGAUGACCUCGUAGAGACCAUCCAGGAGUUUGACGACAUGGUCAUGAGCUACAUGAGGCUGAGCCUCAACUCCUUUGCCUCUGCCGAGUUCUCCCGCUACCUAAGGAACGUAGGUAUUGGGUUUGACGAGCUUGUUCGGAGCCAUCAGACCAAGUUGGGGCUGUCGGGCAGUUUCGAGGAUCUGGAGGAAGACCAAAAACUGGAGGUAUACGCCUCCAUCAUUGAGGCCUCUGGCCGUCUAACCGUGCUGACCCGGUCAGACGGCCCGCCCCCUUCCAUAUCUUACCGUAAGAAGAAGCCGGCCUACGGGUCGGCUGCCAUGCACCUGAUGGAUAUCGGGCAGAUCAUCUGGGACGUCUACUCGUCAGACCACCCCAUCACCACUGCCACACGGGAGGCCCUCGUGUUCGCGGCCGAGGCCGGUGGUGCCGCCCUCGGGAAACUCGUCGGGGCUGCAGUCGCAACCCAGCUGACGGGGCAAGCAGCCACCACACUAUUCGUGACGGCCAUGGGACUCGUUGGGGGAUUCGUGGGGGGUUUCAUACUCGGUGCCCUCGCGGGCUUUCUCUUCGACCUCAUCUUCACGUCGGGAGGGCAAAGGCCCCUCCCGACCGACGGCUUCAUCCUCUACGUGGCGCCAAUGCCCAACGGCAACGACAUAGCCAAGCAGAUUGCAUAUACUUGA